AUGGGUCGAGAGGUAAAUCAGAAUUGUUCUUUGAAAUUUUUUCCACCAUCUAUUGAUAGCAAUGGUCUUUUAUAUGCUGAAAUUCCAAGAUCUGAAAUUCUUAUUAAUGUUGAUAAAUGGAAUAAUACGUUGAUUGGUUACGUUCUUGGAGAUAAACCUUUCUAUUCCCAUUUAAAAGGUUGUGUUGGCCGUCUUUGGAAACCAAAAUGCUCACUUGAGAUUUAUUCAAGAGAAAAUGGAUUUUUUUUCUUCAAAUUUGGAUGUCAUGAAGAGUUAAACAGAGUUUUGAAUGGAGGACCUUGGUUGUUUGAUGGAAGGUUGAUUAUCUUAAAAAAAUGGUCUGAAAACAUUGGUUUAGAAAGAGAGCUUCUCACAUCAGUUCCAGUUUGGAUUAGAUUACCAUCUCUACACCUAAAACUUUGGUCAAAUAAUAUUAUUAGUCGUAUUGCAAGCCUGGUGGGUAAUCCUCUUUAUAUAGAUAAAGCAACGGCAACAGGUGAAAGGUUAGCCUAUGCUAGAUGUUUUGUGGAAAUCUCCUCUAGAGCAAAACUACCAAAUUCCAUAAGAAUGGAUUUAGGUAAUGGAGAAUGGUUGGAAACUGAUGUGGAGUAUGAAUGGAUACCUCCUAAAUGUAACAAAUGUCAAAAUUUUGGUCAUAUGGAAUAUCAAUGCCCGGUGGUUAUAGUUGAGAAGUGGAUUCCUAAAUCAACAUUAAAUGUUGCUGAGAUGGAAGAAUCAAUGCUUGUUGACAAUUCUUUAGUCAAUGACAAUGAACAUUUAUUACAAGGCAAAACUGGCCUAACAAACGAAGCUGCUGUUAUUAAUAAGGGCAAGAUAAAUGUAGAAGCUAUUAAUUCAGAAGGAAUUACUCAUGUUGAUGAUACUAUUAAUGCUGAUCAGUUAGUUACUGAGGUUUUCUUGGAUCCUGUUGUUGAAGAUCAGGCUAAAAGUGAUGAAAUAAAUGCUCAGGAGGAAACUAUUCAAUUUAAGUCUGUUCACAUUGGCAAAACAGAUACCACGGAUACAUUACUGUUACAGAUAUCAGAGCCUUUGCAGAAUGUUGAUACUAAUACAUACAGCACUGUUUCUAUAAAUGAAUCAAUCAAUUCUAUCACAGCAGGUACUUCAGAAGGGAUCUCAAGCGACUCUGAACAAACUACUGAUAUUAUUCCUAUUACAGAGAGUACAUCUGAUCAAGACAAAUAUAAUACAGGUUUCAUUGAGCAAUCUAGUAAUGGUCAAGGUAUACAUUUUCCUAUUGCUACUGAUAACCCUGAAUGGUUAGCUGUAAAAGAAAAGCUUCUUAUGAAGAAGAAGAACCAAGCCAAAGUGAAUAAAGAUUCUUCAGGUCCAAAGAGGGUUACAAGGGCCUCGACAGCUAAUAUUUUAUGA